GACAUUGCUCACACACCGAUAGGCUGAGUGAGAGGCACGUGUGUGGAAAGGGUUAACCCUCCUCCUCGCGCAGGGCGGAGUUUGGCUUCACGCAUAGUUUUUGUAUGUUGAAGAGAGCAGUCAGUGUGUGUGUGAGUGUGUCUGUGUCUGAGUAUGUGUGUGUUCAAACAAGAGAGGCUGACAGAAGCGGGGUUAAAUAUGGAUCCGACAUCAGGCGUGACUUGUGAACUAGUCCUGGUCUUGAUCUGAAGAACCAAGCAGCUCCGGACUGAUCCCAAAACCCGGGUUUAUUAUGCCCAGCGCCAACGUGUCCGUGCGAAGUUUAUCCGAAGUAGAGAAAUACCUCGGCAGCCGGAUGAGUCCUGUGUUCAAGAAGGACAGAUGCCAGAGAGGGGGAGAGACUGGGACAGAGGCUGAAAUACCCCAAGCAUGCCUGUAGAAAGAAGCGUGACAUUCUCUGGUUACACACUAUAAGACAGAAGUAUUGAGGGCAGUCCUGUGAGCAUCCCUGCGUCGAUGCGUCGGGGCUCUUCAGAGAACAAUCUGGAUCUAGAUCUGAGUGAUGGAGGUCCUGGUCUGGGCUUUGAGGUCCAGCGUAGUCGUUCGUGCUUGGACAACCUUCAGCAGAAGAUACUUAAAGUCACAGAGCAGCUGAAGAUCGAGCAGACCGCGCGGGACGAGAACGUUGCUGAGUACCUGAAAUUGAUGAACAGCGCGGAUAAGCAGCAAGUAGGGCGCAUCAAGCAGGUGUUUGAGAAGAAGAACCAGAAGUCAGCUCAAAACAUUGCCCAGAUGCAAAAGAAGCUGGAGCAGUACCAUCGAAAGAUGAAAGACAAUGAAACCCACCACAGUCCAUCACCUCACCAGUCCACUGUCAAACACACCACCCUGCCCAGGGAGUCUCCCAGAGAGCUGCUGAGGGACAUGACUGGCAGUGGCCGCCACCCGACCAUGGAUAAGAUUAAGACCAUCGGACCAGGCGUUUCCCUGUCCCCUCCUUUCUUCUUCAGUAAGCCCAGAGAGUUUGCCAACCUUAUCAGAAACAAGUUUGGCAGUGCUGACAACAUCGCCAACCUCAAGACCACUCUGGAUGCUUCAUCACCACUGCCCACUGACGGUGCAGGAAGGGGGCUGAGUAGCAGCACUUCUAUGGUGGGCAAGCCCAAAUAUCCCAGUGAUGAUGAAUGCUCCUCGGGGAGUGCUUCCAUUUCAGCAGACAGUAACGGGAACCCAGCGGGGGCAGGAGUGUCAGCAGGGCAGGAACAGAGUCAGGGCCAACAGGCUGGGGAAGAUGGCCAGAGCAGAUUGGCCCUGAGCCUGGAGGAGGUGAGUGAGAUCAAAGAAGCUCAGAGCCAGCUGGAGGAGGAUGUGGAGGAGCUGAAGUCUCGGUUCGAGAAGGAGUAUGGCAUCAUCAGCCAAACACUGCAGGAGGAGAGAUACAGGUAUAAGCGUUUGGAAGACCAGCUAAACGACCUGACAGAGCUUCACCAACAUGAGAUGACCAAUCUGAAGCAGGAACUGGACAGUAUCGAGGAAAGGGUGGCCUAUCAGGCUCAUGAAUGGGCCACAGAUAUACAGGAGGCUCUGGAGUCGUGUCAGACGAGAGUGUCCAAACUGGAGCUGCAGCAGCAGCAGCAGCAGCAGACGGUCCAGCUCGAGAGCCGUGACGCCCGAGUCCUGCUUGGGAAGAGCAUCAACAUCAUGCUGGCCAUCAUCACCGUCAUUCUGGUGUGUGUCUCCACCGCUGCCAAGUUUGCCGCUCCACUGAUGAGGAGCCGGCACCAUGUGGUCGCUACCUUCCUAGGAGUUUGUUUUUUGACCAUCUUCUGGAAGAACUGGGAUCGUUUACAGUAUACUAUAGACCGGCUGCUGGUGCCUGCCUGAUAGAGAAGAAUGCAUACUGCAAACAAUAUUGCAGUUACAUGGAUGCUGUCAGUUGUGCGGAUAGAACUGUCUAAGAGGAUUGGUUGUACAAUCGUCACAAGACAUGAUCGUUGGAAUUUACAUUGAUCAGUUUUAUUGUUUUGUUUUUUUUAGUCAGACUGAAAUAAAAUUUGUCUUUUUUUUUUUGUCUAGAACUUGAAUGUGUCUUGCUAACAAUUUUCAUUUAACCUUUUAAAAAUAAUAUUUAUAUAACAGUAAAUUUCGUUACCUCUCCGUUGAUUGCUACGAAAUGGCAUGGGAUUGAUUGCUACGAGAGAAGUGCAUUAUCACUACAAUGCAACAACAUGGAACUCUCUCUUUCUCUGGAAAAUAAUCAUUAGGUGAGGUAAAAAAAAUAAAAAAAUCUUUCUGAUUUUACAUCAAUUCUCAUACUGUUGCAAGCACGUACAUGCACAUACAAGCAAAACCUCAAGCUUGGUGUCUUGUCGGCCAUAGCUAUGAAAUGCUAAAGGUGGCUGGUAGGUGGAUUUUGUUACCUUUGCACAGAGACAGGCUGGCUGUUUCCUUCUGUUUUUAGUCUUUAUGCUAAGCUACGAUAACUUUAGCAUACAGUCAUGACAGUGGUUUCUAUCUUCUAAUCAAACUUAAAAAAAAAAAGAAGAAGUAAGAAGCAUAUUUCCCCAAAUGUUGAACUAUUCCUUUUAGUGAAGAACCUCCAGACUCCAGACUCCAGCACAGCACAGAGGCAAUGUACAUCUUGUUUUUCAUGUGUUUAUUUUCUUUAUUCCUUAUUGCCUUUUCUGCCCUGUGUGAUCAGUCACCUCUGGAAGUUUUUUUUUUCUCCUGUUUACUGUUCCUGAUAUUUUAAGUGCAAUGUUUGAUUUCUUAAGAGCACUGUUUUUAAAAAUGUUUCAUUUCGGAGUGAACGUUUUUCGUCAGUGUUUUACAGUGAUGUGUGUGUGUGUGUGUUUUUGCGCUGGCAGGGUGGGGUGGGGUUGCUUGAGGAAGUGUCAUUAAUGUUAGUAUGAGAGAUCCAUAACCACUGAAGCCACUGCUGGGCUCUGAUAAGACCAGCUGUCUCCUCUCUCAAGGGCCAAAAAUCAAUCCCACUGCAUUACCGUGCUGAUAGCGUGGUUAUAUCAACGCACGCCAGCUCUCUAGUGCAAGCACACAUGCGCACACACCCAAACAACACAGAACAGAGUCACUUGGCUCUAUUUAUGUCUUAUGGGUCUGAUGUUUGUUUCUUUUUACUAAUGUAAAUGUGAUGGAGAAAGCGAUGGGUCAUACUGUGAUACAAGCCUUUUUCUGAGGAAAAAUGCAAUUCCUUUUUUUAUUUUAAAGAAGCAACGAAUAGCCUUCAGUACUCUGAUGAUGACAGAGCAGCACAUUACAGGCUCUGCGUGAUCUACUAUAAGUCUUUUUUUUUUUUUUUGUGGACUGACUAAUGUAUUUUUUCAUGUUUGCCUAUGAGGAUCUGACAUGAAGCUACGGAUCACUUUUUAAUGUUUGUCUGCCAUAAUAACAUGUUUAUGUUGAUGUUUGUUGUUGUUGUUGUUGUCAUCUCUCUGUUGUCCCACUGACUGUAUCAUACGUAUUUGUUCUUGUAUCUGACGUAUUUGAAGACGUCUUACCUGCAGAACUACAGAUGUGGUUUACAUUCUUUCUUUAUCUCUGGUGCACUGUGAUCAAUCAGUUGUAUUUUCAUGCAUUACGUGCCUUUUGUCUGAUAAUUUCUGUUAAAUUAAACAAUACUUUUUAAUCAA